AUGGGAAACUCCAACGCGGGUCCCAACAACGAUCCUAUUGCCGUUGAAGCAACAAGAAGUCAACCUAUAGCUGUGCUGCGGAGAUGGGAUCAUGGCCUCCGCAAUUACCACCCGGGAGACCUGUGGUCUACAGUCCUCAUCUUACACGAUGUCUUCUGCAUGCGGAAGGUUGAGACCUUAAGCCUCGUCCUUGUCAUUGUUGCACUUUCUCUCAUUACAGGCCUCGGGCAUCAUAGACCAGGCGGCAAUCCCCCCGGUCAAAGGUACUCUGACCGUCUCCAGAGCUAUCUGUCCCAAAAGAAAGACACUUUUCCUUAUAUCCAAAAGAAUGGACAGAAUCAUCCCUCAACUAUCGAGGCAAAGCGUGUCUCUCCACGACAACUCCUCAAACGCGAUCUCCCAGUCGAUGUGACACGAGCGCCCAAGCUUCUGCAUCAGAGUUGGAAAGAUGCCAAACUCCCGCCCAAGAUGCAGCGCUGGAGCACGACGUGCCGCAGAAUUAAUCCAGACUGGGAAUAUGUGCUUUGGACCGAUGCAGACAAUUUAAAACUGAUCAAGACCCAUGUACCUUGGUUCUUGCAAACGUACAAGGACCUGCAAUCGGAGAUCUUUCGAGUGGAUGCCAUACGAAAUGUCUACAUGCAUGUGUUUGGAGGUGUUUACAUGGAUCUUGACACGGAAUGCUUGAAGCCGUACACAGACUUGUUCGAAAAAUACAAUGUCAGCACCGCGUCCUAUGACGAUCUUGGCACCACACUACCUUUCAAUGCUACUAGACCAGCCGCUCGUAAAGCAUUCCUAGGUCGUAUGGGCACAGAUGAAGGCAGCGAACACAGCAUUCCAAAUGCAUGGAUGGCUUCGACUCCAGGUCACCCGUUCUGGCUUCUACCGCUCGAGAAAAUCAAGACCGGCUCCAAUAGUGGAGGACAGGCAGAGUAUGUCACCGGUCCAGCGGCUCUAUACAAGGAGGUAGAGACAUACAGGGUGAAAUACCAUAAUGAGGAGAACGCGAUCGAUGAGCGAUAUGCUAAGAGCGGAUGGGGGAAGCUGUACCCUGGUCAUGCUACAGAAGGUAUGGAGGUUCUACCAUUUUGGGCGAUCUACCCAUAUUCGUGGCAACGAGAUGGCGACCCCUACAAAGAGUACUGCCUAGUAGGUCAGAAUGCCUUUAAUUCGACUAGAUGCAAGGAGGUCGUUGGCACACAGGCAUGGGGUAGUUGGAGUAUUACCUAUUGGAGUCAUAGUUGGGACAAUGAAGGUGGGCAGCACCUUGAAGGCCUAGGUGGCAAAAAAGAUGAUGAGAAAGAUGGAGAAGGAGACAAAGAUAAAGCAGAAAAUAUGUUGAAAGAGGAGAAGCAGAUGGCCGAUUUUCUCCACAAGGAUUUGAGUGAUGCGGAACAAGGUGGCAAUGGAGAGGAAAUUGUCCUGACCGAUGCACAUCCUUUGGAUCCCGAAGAGGAAAUACCAGACAAAACUGACGAUGAAAUUGAACGUGAGGUUGCUCAAGCCGAAAUCGAGGCCAAGGAGAAAAUUUUGUUAUCCUCAGAUGAAGCCUAUCGCAAUACCGUCCUGAACAAAGACCUCAAGGACCCGAUGAUGAAAGAAGCCGAUGCCAUCAGACUAAAAGACGAAAAGCUGCAGAAGUGGGUCGCGGUUCAGAAAGCCAAAGAAGGUCAGGGUAAAAUAUGGCAAGAUCCUAUCGCAGACAAGAUGCUACAUGAUGAGGCUAUGAGGAAGCAAGAGGAGCUUGACUCGAAAGAGAAAGCGCAUAUGGAGGAGCAAGCGAAGGAAGAUAAGCAGAAGGAGGAAGAAAAGAAGAAAAGCGGUGGUAAGGAAGGUGACGAUGAGAAGACGGUGCUUGAUGAAAAGAAAGAGGAUGGUGAGAAGGAGAAGGAUGAUGCGAAGAAUGAGGGCGAAAAGGGGAAGGACGAGAAGAAAGAAGGCGAGAAGAAGGAAGAUGAGAAGAAGGAAGACGGGAAGAAGGAAGACAAGAAAAAGGAAGACGGUGACAAGAACGGAGAGGAGGAGAAGAAGAAGGGAGACGGCGAGAAGGAUGGGAGUGACGAGAAGAAGGAGAAUGAUACGGAAAAGAGUGACGAGAAGGAGGGAAACGAUGAAAAGAAGGACGAUACGAAAAAAGAGGAACAUAAUAAGGGUGAGGCAAGUGAUGAGAAGGAGAAGAAGAAAGACGAAGAAAGAAAAGGUGAUGGGGGGCAGAUUAAGGAGGGAUCGAAGGAUUCGGGUAGUAAAGCUGAAGAAAACAAAACGGAAGAGAAGAAAGUGGAUGAAAACGAAAAGAGCAGCAAGGACGAAACGAAAGAGGACGACAAAGGCAAUAUCAAGAGCAAAGAGCAGCAGAGCGAAAAUGGAAACAACGACGAGCACAAGGAGCAGGCUAGAAAAGCAGAUCAAAAGGAUGAAAAAGAGGCUGAAGAGGGCAAGCAAGAUCGAAAAGUUGAGGACCAGAAGAGCCACAAUAAAGAUGAGGCGAGCAGUAGGAAGACAGAUCAAUCGGACGAACCAAAAGAACCCAAGAACGACCACGAGCAGGAACAGUCGAAACCCGGCCACAAGAAUGAUGCUGAAUCGGACAAGGAAGAUCAAGGGAAAUCAGCGGGAAAUAACCAAGAUGCAGAGCCCGAGGAUGCAAAGCAGGAGCACGACAAGGAAGAAAAGAAUCCAAUUCAUGUUCAAGGCAACGAUAAAAACAAGGCUGAAACCGAAAACGAGCAUGAUAAGCCUGGCCGGAGUGGUGGCAAGGAAGUAGAAGAAGAAGAGGGGAAUGCAGUCUCUGACUUGGCAGACCGUUCAGAAGAUCAAGAGCUUUUUGAAGACGACGAAACGGAUACUGGAGAACAAAAAGAUGGGAAAGAGAUCUUCUCUUCUCAAACUUCUCCUGGAAAUAGGCCCCCGGACAAUGAGCCAAAAAGAGGCGAGGAGAAUAGAAAGAUGCAGCAGAAAUUGUACCAAGAUGCUGUGAAAGCGGAGCAAGAUAAAGUCAUACACUACAAAGAAGGACUCAAGAAGGAAGCGGCAGAUGAAGAGAAAGCUGCAAGAGCAAGUAAAGUUCAAUCAGCUGAGAAAGCUGAGCAGACCAGGAUGAAUGAGGCGGCGAAGGCCAACUCAAAAGCCAGAAAGGAGAAGGCCAAGGCUAAAGCAAAGACCAAGCCCGCAAACCCAAUCGAGGAACCCAAUCAGUCAACCGGAAGCAGCAAUGAAACAAUUUCGGAUGUGGAUGAAGGGGAGAAGGAGAACAAGCAGUUGACGAAGCCUUCACGACCAUCAGCCAAGAAGGAGAAGCAACAGCACUCCUCUGAGCCUCAAUAUGAUAGUAGCGGCUUUCUCACAGAAAUCCUAGGUACCGAUCAACCAGAAGAAGAAACCGAGACUUUUCUGUACAAGUAUCAGCGACCAGGGGAGCCAGAUCCGAAGGACGCAGACGAAGCAUGGGCAGCAGCUGUAGCCGCGGCAUUCGAUCACGGCAAAGCUCCACCAACGAAGAAGCCGCACGUGGAGGACGAACUGUAUGUGGAUCCGGAUGAUCCGUGGGGGCCGGAAGAUAUCGAGAGAACGAAUGGGUAUGGUGCUGGUGGGUGA